CUGUCCUUACACCGCGUACCCAGAUUACUCUGCGCGUUGAACUCCACGACCAUGGACUCGGAUGAAUCGGACUUUUACGGUGAUGAGGAGACGGUGGCCGGGCUCGAGGCCAGGGUCAAUUCAUUCAACGUUGCCCAGUGGUGGGAGGAAACCAACGCAGUCCACCUCAAUCGAAGGGUGAAGACGGAGCCGGUUGACAGUAAAAGGUUGCACAAUCCGUACGCCGGCGUGCCCUAUGCCUGGCAAUUGACCGAGACUGUGGACGCUUUCCUCGACCGUCUGCCCCCUGAGACGACCGAGGGGAGCGAGGAGAUCCCCUGGAUCUUCAUCUGUAACCCCUAUAUUCCCCGAAAGGACAGGCUCUCAGCCCAAAAUCAGUUCAGCAAAGGCAACGAGGAUGAGGCUCCCGAGGAGGAAGGCUCACAGCUUGAUACCUUAAUCGAAGGAGGCACCGAGAGGCUGAAUAUCCUGCGCCACUUUACGAACGACAUCCAAAGGACACCAACGUCCAAGGCGGCAAGGAGAGCUGACAUCAACGAUGAGAAGAAGCAAGCUGUCCAGGAUAUUCUGGCUCUUGCCCAUGCGUGCAAAGUCAAGGCUGGCAAGUGGAUGAUAUUCUGUCCUCCUAGGGAAGUAAACGAAGUAUGGCGGAUCAUUGCCAGAGCCACAGCGAACAAUGAGCUUGGCAUUGCGGCCAAGGUAGCGCCGCGACAGGAUGCGACCGGGAAAAAGGACCGUAUCAUUGCCGUCUACACGGCUGAUUUUAGUGACAUGGCAGACGUCACGAGAGUUCUUCGUCGUCUUCGGGAGUUGAAAGUGGUUGAGUCCACGGGGCGCCCCAUAUACUACAAGCCAGAUGCCUUCACAUACAUCGGUAUUGCUCAUGGCAACCACUGGGACAUCAAAGCCUCAAUCUACAGCUCGCUAGACGUCUUGCCCAAGCCAUUGCUGCCCCCAACACCAGUACACGAUAACGAACGCAACGACUGGACUUUUUGA